AUGAUUGUGGAAGAAGCACAGGGCUUUGCUGGAGGCAUAUGGAUCAUGUGGCACAGUUAUAAGCUAACUAUUACUGGCAUAUCUCAAACUUCACAGUUUAUCCAUUGUGAAGUUAAUCUUCUAAAUGGUAAAUCUUUUGUUUUUACGGCUGUGUAUGCAAAUCCUUCUCAAAAUAUUCGCAAUAUUCUUUGGGAGAAUCUCCGGUCCCUUAGUGAGUCCAUAUCUGGCCCAUGGAUCCUUGGGAGGGAUUUUAAUGAAAUUUCCUACAUUCAUGAGAAGAAAGGAGGUGUAGUGGCUGAUCCUGUCAAGUGUGCACAGUUUGCGUUUGUUCUUGAAGAUUGUCAUGUUGCUGAUUUGGGUUGUGAUGGCUCUGUUUUUACCUGGCAGGGUCCCAAAUGGGCUAAUAUGAGCAGAAUUUACAAGCGUCUUGAUAGAAUUGUGGCUAAUGUGGAUUGGAGAAUGAUAUUUGAUGAUGCUAGAGUCUCAUCUUUGCCCAGAAUUCUGUCAGAUCAUAAUCCUAUCCUCAUUAAGUUAUUUGAAGAUUCUAGAGAUAAAGUCAAGAGGCAUUUUCGUUUCUUUGCAGCCUGGCAAGAACACCGGAAUUUUAAUGAGUUUCUGACCUCUAAAUGGGAUACUGAAUUUGAUAUCCCAUAUAUGCUUCAGAGAUUAAUUCCUGAGAUUAAUAGCUGGAAUCAUCACGUGUUUGGCAACAUUGAUAAGAGGAAGAAUAGCCUGCUUAAGAGGAUUGCUAACAUCCAAAGUAGGCGUGAAAGAAACGACUCUUCUCAGUUACAAAGUGCAGAAAACCAUUGUCAGGCUAGUGAAUGUGCUCCAUGA